AUGAAGUUCUCUAUCGCUUCCACUCUCCUCCUUGCCAACGGCAUCGCUGCCAUGCCUUGGUCUUCCCUCAACGCCAAGCAGUCCAACAGCGAGGAGAUCACCCUCCGCAUCCAGGUCUCCCAGCCCUCUUCCAACCACGCCUUCUCCCCCAACCACAAGGGCGUCGUCAAUGUCCACAACUACGAGGUCUGCCUCAAGGUCUGCUGGCCCGAGGAGCCAAAAUGCCCCGAAGGCUGGAACGCCAAGAAAUUUGUAUGCUACCUGGUAGAAGAUGAAUCCCGGUUUUUACUGACAGACUUUAGGGAGACGGAGACUACCCCUGCUGGACCUGCUGCAAGAAGACUGGCGAUGAUGAUGACCUCUGAAUAUCAGAUUAGCCAAGGACCGAGAAAAUUGGGCUACAAAUAUGACAUGAAGACAAGGAGGAUAUUGAGCCAUCGCUUCUACCCGCCCCCAUUCAUUUCCGUCGAGCAAGCCCUAUUACAAGAAUCUGGGGAUAGCUGGCAUGUACGUAGUGAAGUUCGGCAAGUCUUGGCUCUACAUUCAAGCUUUCUGGAAAUCUCCGGCCGUAUGCAGCUUGGUCGACUUGGUAUAGAGGCGAAGACUGCUGCUCUCGGAUUCAACAUUGGCCCCACGUCGUCUCCAUCUCAUUAUCAGCACAGACAAUGGGUCGUCGGUCUCGGCCAAUUCUGGUCUCUGGAGUUCGUCUAG